CUACAUUAUAAUAGUUGAUGAAUAAGAAAGAAUCGUUGUUGGGCCUGAGAUCUGCCAGGUACGCCGCGACAGUGCUUGAGAACAUGGUCACCUAAACGAGCUGGUCCUUAGCCCGAUUCCAACUUCACAAAUUUGGCCUCCAUUUCCGACAGAUUUCACACGAGCUCCGGAGCCGCUUCCUCAAAACUGUUAUGCGAAGCGGCCUUCCUUACUUACUAUAUUACGGCGAAACGGAUGCCUCUACUGAACUCAGCACCCUCCUAUUGAGGCUGAAGCUUGCGAGAUUCUAAGAGUAUGCCCCCACCCGAAUAUUGCUCAAUAUCUUGGGUGUAUAGUCGAUGGUGGAAGAAUAACAGGCCUUUGUUUUGUCAAGUACGGCAUGACUCUAUCAGAGAGAGUAUCCAAAGACCCUCGCCCUCUCGAUGCAGAUCUCUGUUUAGGUCGUAUUCAGAAUGGCAUUCAACACCUUCAUAAGCUGGGUCUUAUUAUCCUGAUGAGCGGGAAUGAUGACAAUCCAAUCAUCACAGAUUUCGACUCUUGUCGGCGAGAGGGAGAACGUUUAGGUAUAAAGGCUGGGACGAGAGGCUGGACGAGGGAGGAUUUCAAGUUUGCUACGCCUGAGAACGAUCAAUAUGGGCUAUCGAUGAUCAAAGAUUUUGUAUGUCAAGUGAAACCCCAGAAAGGUUAUUGAGA